AUGUCUAAACUAAUAACAGGAACAUAUUCCUCACCAGAUAUCCCUAACAAAACUUUCCAAGUGAAUUGUAAUGAUGCUAAAUACUUAACUACAAAUGGUAAAACCACUGGGUCCAGUGAGUAUGUUUUAAAAGCAGGUCAAAUCGAUAGAGAUAGGCCCAGUGGUCCUAGAAGGCUACCUGAUGGUCAAUUAACAUAUUUGAGUCAGUUACGAUGCAAUCUGACAGGUAUCCAAGAUGAUAUCAAUGAAUUCUUAACAGAAAGGAUGCAAAUAGCGAAAUCCAAGAAAACCAAACUUACUGAUACAAAAGAAGAAGCUAGAAUUAAUGAUGAAAUUAAUCACUUACUGGAUGGUGGCGAUGAUGACACUGAAGAGACAGAUACCGUAUAG